GUUGUAGCCAGACCAGCCUGACCGCCGCCAUGAUGCUGUACCUGAUCCUCCUCAUCACUGCCGUCUGCAGCUCCGUCUGUGGGACAUCGCAGGACACACGGCACCUUCCAUGGAGCACCUCCGACUUGUGCCUCAUACGGAAAGGAUGCCAAGGAAUCGCUCUGACCAAGCCAAGCCCCGAUGUCACCUUUCCGAUGAAGGACCUGUGCAGAGCUGCGGGGAGCAUGCUCAGUUCACUCGACCCCGACAUCUGUGAAUCGCUACUGUCUGUGGAAAGAGAGGACCAAGCGGACAACGACAAGCCUUAUCCAGGCGACUCGGACAGCCAGCCUCCUCAGCCAGACCUGGUUUCCCUGGCCCUCAGCGGGCGCACAAAUUACUUUUCCGUCUGUUCUGACAUCCACACUGCCCUGUCCCUGUUCAAUGCUGUAUCUAGUGGUGUCCACGACAUCAUGCCUGUAGGUCUGACCAGCCCGAUCUCUGUAUACUGUGAUCAGACCACAGAUGGGGGAGGGUGGACGGUCAUACAGAGGAGGUUUGACGGGUCUAUCGACUUUAACCGACCUUGGGGUGACUUUCAGUACGGGUUUGGGUCAGCCAAUGGGGAGCAGUGGUUGGGGUUGGAGAAUAUGUACCGGUUAACCAGUCAAGACGCGUACGAGUUGUACAUAGAGAUGGAAGAUUGGGACAGUGUGGUCAAGUACGCCAAGUAUUCUUCAUUCUCGGUGGGGAGUAGUAGUUCCUACUAUCGCCUUUCUGUCGGUGGGUACAGUGGGACGGCUGGGGAUGGGUUCUACUUAUCAGACUCAUCAUCAUACGGUGGCUACCUCUCGGGUCAGGGCUUUAGUGCUAGGAAUGCAGACCAUGAUUCCCAUAGCGGAUCGUGUGCUGUUCGCUCGACUGCCUACACGGGAGGGUGGUGGUACCAUCACUGUGCUGGAUCUGCCCUGAACGGCCCGUACCUGCGCCCCUCUGACCAUACCAGUCAAAGUGGCGCCGGCAUCUGUUGGCACCGGUUUGGAGGCUCCUAUAGCUCAUAUCUUAAAAAGUCCAAAAUGAUGGUCCGUCCUGCCAACUUCCAGCCUUGAGGUGCCGGACACUAACCCAGCUGACAGGUCGAGGAUUCAAAACAAAGUGUUAACGUUUGAGCAAACCAUCUUCCCACUCUCACUCUGUCUCAAUUUUUCUUGAAUGUGGGAAAUCAUAAAACUUAUAGUUUUGGUAAAAGAAAUAUAUUCAACAAGAAAUAUUGUUCCUCUGUAUCAGUCAGUCAGCAUAUACUCAGCUCGCCAAUAUAUAAUCCCACACACCACAUAUUAAUCGAUCCAUACUUUGAAUUGACAAUGUUAUCUUGUUACUAUGAUAACCUUGAAAGACACUUAAAUUUGAUUUGGUUCAUUUAGAUAACAUGAGAUCGUCAUUCUUUAUAAAACUCUUGACUUUCCUAAUAGAUGGUACACUAGCUGGUUUGCCAUGUUUGAAACGUUUCCCUGUCAGGCUGUA